AAUAAAACUACAUACAUAAAAAUAAAAAUAAAAAAAAAAAUGAUCAACGGUACUGAAUAAAUUUAAAGCAAUACAUCUAGCUUAUACGAGCUUUCUGCUAUAGACAUCAAUGGUUAAAACGUCUCAUUGAAGAACUUUAACAAUAAAAAGGCUAUUAUUGUUGUAAAUGUAGCUUGUAAAUGUGGUCUUACUUCUGGUCACUAUACUUAGCUUGUUGAAUUGUAUAAAUAGUAUAAAUCUUAAGGAUUAGAAGUCUUAGCUUUCCCCUGUAAUUAAUUUGGUGAAUAAGAACCUUGGGCUGAAUCUGAAAUUCUUUCAUACACUCAAAAGACCUUUAAUGUUGACUUCCCACUUUUCUCAAAGAUCGAUGUGAAUGGUGAAAACACUCAUCCUGUUUACAAAUAUUUAAGAAGAAACUCAGAACUAUUUUAGAACAAUUCUGCAACUAAGAUCCCAUGGAAUUUUGCAAAAUUCUUGAUUGAUGGAAAGACUGGCAAAGUUAUUUCUUACUUCAGUCCUAAGGUUAAUCCAAACGAAAUGGAGCAAUAAAUUAAAUAACUUUUAUAAUGA